CGACCGUGACGGUUUGAAGUGAUCUUUCGAAGAAUACACAGACCACGUUCAACAUGAAAUCGCUGGUGGUGUUAAGCGCGGUGUUCGCCGUAGCCGUUGCUGCACCUUAUUAUGCAGUUGGAACUAGGACCGUUUACGGCGUUCCUACUGUAUAUUCAGCUCCAGCAGCCGUUUCUCACCAGUCUCAGGUUAACGUACACAGUUCCCCAGCUGUGAUUGCCACCGCACCUGCAGUUGUCGCCACACGUACUGUACUUGAACCUGAGAACACCAUUGUAUCAGCUCCCGCUGUUGUUGCACCGGUCCAAACCGUAGUUGCAGCUCCUUCAGCUGUAUCUCACCAAUCUCGUGUCGACGUACGCACCUCUGAACCUAAGUAUGUUUCGACUGGACCAGUCGUUGUAGCAAAGUCCUUUGAACCCGCACAAGGUUUUGUAGUUAGCCCGGCUGUGGUGAACGUAGCUCCAGCUGCUACUGUCUAUUCCGGAGGUGCUGCUGUUACACACCAAUCAAGAGUAGAUGUCAAGUCAUCCCCCGCUGUGAUCACAGAACAAGUUGUGGAACCUGCCUACGUUACACCCGUGGUUCAAGCUUACCCAACAGUCGUAGAAGCAGCACCAGCUGUUGUUGAUGCGCGAUCUGUGUACGUUGCUCCUACUCCAACUUUCUACUCUGCGGGCUAUAUUAAGAAAUGAAGUGUUUUUCUUCGACAAUAGCUACGAUCUGAGAUAAAACGAAAUGAAUUGAACUGAAUAAGUGAAAUAAAUAUAAUUUUAAAUA